ACACAAGUCAGAUAUAUUCUAUUGCAGGAUAACUAGUUAUUUAAAUUAGUCACCUGCUUGGUCAUAGAGUUUCUCUCUAAAGCUCUUGGGCAUUUUAGUGUCCCAUAGAAGUGCUUCAAGCAGAGAGGAGUGUCAUUCAUACCUUGCACCAAUAACUGAGCACAGGUGUUUUAAGCUACUGCAAGAUUCAUAUAUUCACUAGUAUUCAGAAAAGCCAGAAGAUCACUAGCUGUACCCAUCUGAGCAUUCUGUGGAUCAAGACUAAAUAUACAGUGAUGGAUUGGAAGUUUUAUAUAUGUCCGCCUAGACUAUGGACUUUAUUCCUGAUAAUUCUACUUUGCUACUGCAGAGUUACAGCUACCGAAAGCACAACUGCAACUACACCAGAAACAACUCUAUCAAGUACAACUGAAUCAGUAACACCAACUGUAGCAUUAACAACAACACCUAGCACAACGUCAACUUUAAAAACAACUGCAGCAAGUACAACUACACUAACAACAUCACCAGAGACAACUAUAUCAAGUACAACUGCACUGGUGACAACUGCAGUGACAACAACUACCGCAAGCACAACACCAUCACUGACAACUGUAGCAAUUACAACUACACCAACAACUUCAUCACUAGAUACAACAACUGUAUCAACUACAAGUGCACCAGUGACAACAACUACCCCCAGCACAACUUCAUCAUUAACAACAACUGUAGCAACUACAGUUGCACCAACAACUACAUCACUAGUCACAACAACUGUAUCAAGUACAAGUGCGCCAGUGACAACAACUACCCCUAGCACCACUUCAUCUUUGACAACAUCUGCAGCAAGUACAACUGCACCAACAACAGCACCAGAAACAACAACUGCUGCAAGUACAACUGCACCAACAACAGCACCAGAGACAACAACUGUAUCAAGUACAAGUGCACCAGAGACAACAAAUACUCCAAGCACAACUUUAUCAUUAACAACAAGUAUAGCAAGUACAACUGCACCAACAACAACAUCACCAGAGACAACAACAGUAUCAAGUACAAGUGCACCAGUGACAACAACUACCCUGAGUACAACUUCAUCAUUAACAACAUCUGAAGCUAGUACAACUGCACCGACAACAACAACACAAGAGACAACAACUGUAUCAAGUACAAGUGCACCAGUGACAACAACUACCCCAAGCACAACUCCAUCACUGGCAACAACUGCAGCAAGUACAACUGCACCAACAACAGCACCAGAAACAACAACUUCUGCAAGUACAACUGCACCAACAACAGCACAAGUGACAACAGCUUCCCCAAGCACAACUUCAUCAUUGACAACGACUGCAGAAACUACAACUGCACCAACAACAACAUCACCAGAGACAACAACAGUAUCAAGUACAAGUGCACCAGUGACAACAACAACCCCAAUCACAACUUCAUCAUUAACAACAACUAUAGCAACUACAACUGCACCAACAACUACAUUAUUAGUUACAACAACUGUAGCAAGUACAAGUGCACCAGUGACAACAACUACCCCAAGCACAACUCGAUCAUUGACAACCACUGCAGCAACUACAACUGCCCCAACAACAACAUCAGUAGAGACAACAACAGUAUCAACUACAGCUGCACCAACAACAACACCACCAGAGACAACAACAGCAGCAAGUACAACUGUGUCAACAACAGCACCAGAGACAACAACUGUAUUAAGUACAAGUGCACCAGUAACAACAACUAUCCCAAGCACAACUUCUUCAUUGACAACAUCUGCAGCCAGUACAACUGCACCAAUAACAGCACCAGAGACAACAACUGUAUCAAUUACAAGUGCACCAGUGACAACAACUACUCCAAGCACAACUCCAUCACUAACAACAACUACAGCAAGUACAACCGCACCAACAACAGCACCAGAAACAACAACUAUAUCAAGUACAAGUGCACCAGUGACAACAACUACCCCAAUCACAACUCCAUCAUUGACAACAACUGCAGCAACUACAAUUGCCCCAACAACAACAUCACCAGAGACAACAACAGUAUCAAGUACAAGGGAACCAGUGACAACAACUACCCCAAGCACAACUUCAUCAUUAACAACAUCUGAAGCAAGUACAACAGCCCCAACAACAACAGCACCAGAGACAACAACUGUAUCAAGUACAAGUGCACCAGUGACAACAACUACACCAAGCACAACUUCAUCAUUAACAACAACUAUAGCAACUACAGCUGCACCAACAACAACAGCACCAGAGACAACAACUGUAUCAAGUACAACUGCGCCAACAAUAUCACCAGAGACAACAACAGUAUUAAGUACAAGUGCACCAGUGACAACAACUACCCCAAGCACAACUUCUUCAUUGACAACAUCUGUAUCCAGUACAACUGCACUAACAACAGCACCAGAGACAACAACUGUAUCAAGUACAAUUGCACCAGUGACAACAACUAAUCCAAGCACAACUCCAUUAUUGACAACAACUGCAGCAACUACAACUGCACCAACAACAACAUCACCAGAGACAACAACUGUAUUAAGUACAAGUGCACCAGUGACAACAACUACCCCAAGCACAACUUCUUCAUUGACAACAUCUGCAGCAAGUACAACUGCACCAACAACAACAUCACCAGAGACAACAACAGUAUCAAGUACAAGUGCACCAGUGACAACAACAACCCCCAGCACAACUUUAUCAUUAACAACAUCUGCAGCAAGUAUAACUCCACCAACAACAACAGCACCAGAGACAACAACUGUAUCAAGUACAAGCGCUCCAGUGACAACAACUACCCCAAGCACAACUCCAUCAUUGACAACAACUGCAGCAAUUACAACUGCACCAACAACAACAUCACCAGAGACAACAACAGUAUCAAGUACAAGUGUACCAGUGACAACAACUACCCCAAGCACAACUUCAACAUUAACAACAUCUGCAGCAAGUACAACUGCACCAACAACAACAACACCAGAGACAACAACUGUAUCAAGUACAAGCGCUCCAGUGACAACUACCCCAAGCACAACUCCAUCAUUGACAACAACUGCAGCAACUACAACUGCACCAACAACAACAUCACCAGAGACAACAACAGUAUCAAGUACAAGUGUACCAGUGACAACAACUACCCCAAGCACAACUCCAUCAUUGACAACAACUGCAGCAACUACAACUGCACCAACAACAACAUCACCAGAGACAACAACAGUAUCAAGUACAAGUGUACCAGUGACAACAACUACCCCAAGCACCACUCCAUCAUUGACAACAACUGCAGCAACUACAACUGCACCAACAACAGCACCAGAGACAACAACAGUAUCAAGUACUAGUGUACCAGUGACAACAACUACCCCAAGCACAACUUCAUCAUUAACAACGUCUGCAGCAAGUACAACUGCACCAAAAACAACAGCACCAGAGACAACAACUGUAUUAAGUACAAGUGCUCCAGUGACAACAACUACCCCAAGCACAACUCCAUCAUUGACAACAACUGCAGCAACUACAACUGCACCAACAACAACAUCACCAGAGACAACAACAGUAUCAAGUACAAGUGUACCAGUGACAACAACUACCCCAAGCACAACUUCAUCAUUAACAACAUCUGCAGCAAGUACAACUGCACCAAUAACAACAACACCAGAGACAACAACUGUAUCAAGUACAAGCGCUCCAGUGACAACUACCUUAAGCACAACUCCAUUAUUGACAACAACUGCAGCAACUACAACUGAACCAACAACAACAUCACCAGAGACAACAACAGUAUCAAGUACAAGUGUACCAGUGACAACAACUACCCAAAGCACAACUCCAUCAUUGACAACAACUGCAGCAACUACAACUGCACCAACAACAGCAUCACCAGAGACAACAACAGUAUCAAGUACAAGUGUACCAGUGACAACAACUACCCCAAGUACAACUUCAUCAUUAACAACAUCUGCAGCAAGUACAACUGCACCCACAACAACAGCACCAGAGACAACAACUGUAUCAAGUACAAGCACUCCAGUGACAACAACUACCCCAAGCACAACUCCAUCAUUGACAACAACUGCAGCAACUACAACUGCACCAACAACAUCACCAGAGACAACAACAGUAUCAAGUACAAGUAAACCAGUGACAACAAAUACCCCAAGCACAACUCCAUCAUUGACAACAACUGCAGCAACUACAACUGCACCAACAACAACAACAUCACCAGAGACAACAACAGUAUCAAGUACAAGUGUACCAGUGACAACAACUACCCCAAGCACAACUUCAUCAUUAACAACAUCUGCAGCAAGUACAACUGCACUAACAACAACAGCACCAGAGACAACAACUGUAUCAAGUACAAGCGCUCCAGUGACAACAACUUCCCCAAGCACAACUCCAUCAUUGACAACAACUGCAGCAAGUACAACUGCACCAACAACAACAGCACCAGAGACAACAACAGUAUCAAGUACAAGUGUGCCAGUGACAACAACUACCCCAAGCACAACUUCAUCAUUAACAACGUCUGCAGCAAGUACAACUGCACUAAAAAUAACAGCACCAGAGACAACAACUGUAUCAAGUACAAGUGCUCCAGUGUCAACAACUACCCCAAGCACAACUCCAUCAUUGACAACAACUGCAGCAACUACAACUGCACCAACAACAACAUCACCAGAGACAACAACAGUAUCAAGUACAAGUGUACCAGUGACAACAACUACCCCAAGCACAACUUCAUCAUUAACAACAUCUGCAGCAAGUACAACUGCACCAACAACAACAGCACCAGAGACAACAACUGUAUUAAGUACAAGCGCUCCAGUGACAACAAGUACCCCAAGCACAACUCCAUCAUUGACAACAACUGCAGCAACUACAACUGCACCAACAACAACAUCACCAGAGACAACAACAGUAUCAAGUACAAGUGUACCAGUGACAACAACUACCCCAAGCACAACUUCAUCAUUAACAACAUCUGCAGCAAGUACAACUGCACCAACAACAACAGCACCGGAGACAACAACUGUAUCAAGUACAAGCGCUCCAGCGACAACAACUACCCCAAGCACAACUCCAUCAUUGACAACUGCAGCAACUACAACUGCACCAACAACAACAUCACCAGAGACAACAACAGUAUCAAGUACAAGUGCUCCAGUGACAACAACUACCCCAAGCACAACUUCAUCAUUAACAACAUCUGCAGCAACUACAACUACACCAACAACAACAGCACCGGAGACAACAACUGUAUCAAGUACAAGCGCUCCAGUGACAACAACUACCCCAAGCACAACUCCAUCAUUGACAACUGAAGCAACUACAACUGCACCAACAACAACAUCACCAGAGACAACAACAGUAUCAAGUACAAGUGUACCAGUGACAACAACUACCCCAAGCACAACUCCAUCAUUGACAACAACUGCAGCAACUACAACUGCACCAACAACAACAGCACCAGAGACAACAACAGUAUUAAGUACAAGUGUACCAGUGACUACAGCUACCCCAAGCACAACUUCAUCAUUAACAACAUCUGGAGCAAGUACAACUGCACCAACAACAACAACACCAGAGACAACAACUGUAUCAAGUACAAGUGCUCCAGUGACAACUACCCCAAUAUUAACUCCAUCAUUGACAACAACUGCACCAACAACAACAGCACCAGAGACAACAACUGUAUCAAGUACAAGCGCUCCAGUGACAACUACCCCAAGCACAACUCCAUCAUUGACAACAACUGCAGCAACUACAACUGCACCAACAACAUCACCAGAGACAACAACAGUAUCAAGUACAAGUGUACCAGUGACAACAACUACCCCAAGCACAACUCCAUCAUUGACAACAACUGCAGCAACUACAACUGCACCAACAACAACAUCACCAGAGACAACAACAGUAUCAAGUACAAGUGUACCAGUGACAACAACUACCCCAAGCACUACUUCAUCAUUAACAACAUCUGCAGCAAGUACAACUGCACCAACAACAACAACACCAGAGACAACAACUGUAUCAAGUACAAGCGCUCCAGUGACAACUACCCCAAUAACAACUCCAUCAUUGACAACAACUGCACCAACAACAACAGCACCAGAGACAACAACAGUAUCAAGUACAAGUGUACCAGUGACAACAACUACCCCAAGCACAACUUCAUCAUUAACAACGUCUGCAGCAAGUACAACUGCACCAAAAACAACAGCACCAGAGACAACAACUGUAUCAAGUACAAGUGCUCCAUUGACAAAAACUACCCCAAGCACAACUCCAUCAUUGACAACAACUGCAGCAACUACAACUGCACCGACAACAACAUCACCAGAGACAACAACAGUAUCAAGUACAAGUGUACCAGUGACAACAGCCACCCCAAGCACAACUUCAUCAUUAACAACAUCUGCAGCAACUACAACUGCACCGACAACAACAACACCAGAGACAACAACUGUAUCAAGUACAAGCGCUCCAGUGACAACUACCCCAAGCACAACUCCAUCAUUGACAACAACUGCAGCAACUACAACUGCACCAACAACAACAUCACCAGAGACAACAACUGUAUCAAGUACAAGUGUACCAGUGACAACAACUACCCCAAGCACAACUCCAUCAUUGACAACAACUGCAGCAACUACAACUGCACAAACAACAACAUCACCAGAGACAACAACAGUAUCAAGUACAAGUGUACCAGUGACAACAACUACCCCAAGCACAACUUCAUCAUUAACAACGUCUGCAGCAAGUACAACUGCACCAACAACAACAGCACCAGAGACAACAACAGUAUCAAGUACAAGUGUACCAGUGACAACACCUACCCCGAGCACAACUCCAUCAUUGACAAUAACUGCAGCAACUACAACUACACCAACAACAACAGCACCAGAGACAACAACAGUAUCAAGUACAAGUGUACCAGUGACAACAACUACCCCAAGUACAACUUCAUCAUUAACAACAUCUGCAGCAAGUACAACUGCACCCACAACAACAGCACCAGAGACAACAACUGUAUCAAGUACAAGUGCUCCAGUGACAACAACUACCCCAAGCACAACUUCAUCAUUGACAACAACUGCAGCAACUACAACUGCACCAACAACAACAUCACUAGAGACAACAACAGUAUCAAGUACAAGUGUACCAGUGACAACAACUACCCCAAGCACAACUUCAUCAUUAACAACAUCUGCAGCAAGUACAACUGCACCAACAACAACAGCACCAGAGACAACAACUGUAUUAAGUACAAGCGCUCCAGUGACAACAACUACCCCAAGCACAACUCCAUCAUUGACAACAACUGCAGCAACUACAACUGCACCAACAACAACAUCACCAGAGACAACAACAGUAUCAAGUACAAGUGUACCAGUGACAACAACUACCCCAAGCACAACUUCAUCAUUAACAACAUCUGCAGCAAGUACAACUGCACCAACAACAACAUCACUAGAGACAACAACAGUAUCAAGUACAAGUGUACCAGUGACAACAACUACCCCAAGCACAACUUCAUCAUUAACAACAUCUGCAGCAAGUACAGCUGCACCAACAACAACAGCACCAGAGACAACAACUGUAUUAAGUACAAGCGCUCCAGUGACAACAACUACCCCAAGCACAACUCCACCAUUGACAACAACUGCAGCAACUACAACUGCACCAACAACAACAUCACCAGAGACAACAACAGUAUCAAGUACAAGUGUACCAGUGACAAUAACUACCCCAAGCACAACUUCAUCAUUAACAACAUCUGCAGCAAGUACAACUGCACCAACAACAACAGCACCAGAGACAACAACUGUAUCAAGUACAAGCGCUCCAGUGACAACAACUACCCCAAGCACAACUCCAUCAUUGACAACUGCAGCAACUACUACUGCACCAACAACAACAUCACCAGAGACAACAACAGUAUCAAGUACAAGUGCUCCAGUGACAACAACUACCCCAAGCACAACUUCAUCAUUAACAACAUCUGCAGCAAGUACACCUGCACCAACAACAACUGCAACAGAGACAACAACUGUAUCAAGUACAAGCGCUCCAGUGACAACAACUACCCCAAGCACAACUCCAUCAUUGACAACAACUGCAGCAACUACAACUGCACCAACAACAACAUCACCAGAGACAACAACAGUAUCAAGUACAAGUGUACCAGUGACAACAACUACCCCAAGCACAACUUCAUCAUUAACAACAUCUGCAGCAAGUACAACUGCACCAACAACAACAUCACUAGAGACAACAACAGUAUCAAGUACAAGUGUACCAGUGACAACAACUACCCCAAGCACAACUUCAUCAUUAACAACAUCUGCAGCAAGUACAACUGCACCAACAACAACAGCACCAGAGACAACAACUGUAUUAAGUACAAGCGCUCCAGUGACAACAACUACCCCAAGCACAACUCCAUCAUUGACAACAACUGCAGCAACUACAACUGCACCAACAACAACAUCACCAGAGACAACAACAGUAUCAAGUACAAGUGUACCAGUGACAACAACUACCCCGAGCACAACUCCAUCAUUGACAACAACUGCAGCAACUACAACUGCACCAACAACAACAUCACCAGAGACAACAACAGUAUCAAGUACAAGUGUACCAGUGACAACAACUACCCCACGCACAACUUUAUCAUUAACAACAUCUGCAGCAAGUACAACUGCACCAACAACAACAGCACCAGAGACAACAACUGUAUCAAGUACAAGCGCUCCAGUGACAACAACUACCCCAAGCACAACUCCAUCAUUGACAACAACUGCAGCAACUACAACUGCACCAACAACAACAUCACCAGAGACAACAACAGUAUCAAGUACAAGUGCUCCAGUGACAACAACUAACCCAAGCACAACUUCAUCAUUAACAACAUCUGCAGCAAGUACAACUGCACCACCAACAACAGCACCAGAGACAACAACUGUAUCAAGUACAAGUGCUCCAGUGACAACAACUACCCCAAGCACAACUUCUUCAUUGACAACAACUGCAGCAACUACAACUGCACAAACAACAACAUCACCAGAGACAACAACAGUAUCAAGUUCAAGUGUACCAGUGACAACAACUACCCCAAGCACAACUUCAUCAUUAACAACAUCUGCAGCAAGUACAACUGCACCAACAACAACAGCACCAGAGACAACAACUGUAUUAAGUACAAGCGCUCCAGUGACAACAACUACCCCAAGCACAACUCCAUCAUUGACAACAGCUGCAGCAACUACAACUGCACCAACAACAACAUCACCAGAGACAACAACAGUAUCAAGUACAAGUGUACCAGUGACAACAACUACCCCGAGCACAACUCCAUCAUUGACAACAACUGCAGCAACUACAACUGCACCAACAACAACAUCACCAGAGACAACAACAGUAUCAAGUACAAGUGUACCAGUGACAACAACUACCCCAAGCACAACUUUAUCAUUAACAACAUCUGCAGCAAGUACAACUGCACCAACAACAACAGCACCAGAGACAACAACUGUAUCAAGUACAAGCGCUCCAGUGACAACAACUACCCCAAGCACAACUCCAUCAUUGACAACAACUGCAGCAACUACAACUGCACCAACAACAACAUCACUAGAGACAACAACAGUAUCAAGUACAAGUGCUCCAGUGACAACAACUAACCCAAGCACAACUUCAUCAUUAACAACAUCUGCAGCAAGUACAACUGCACCACCAGCAACAGCACCAGAGACAACAACUGUAUCAAGUACAAGUGCUCCAGUGACAACAACUACCCCAAGCACAACUUCUUCAUUGACAACAACUGCAGCAACUACAACUGCACAAACAACAACAUCACCAGAGACAACAACAGUAUCAAGUACAAGUGCACCAGUGACAACAACUACCCUCAGCACAACGUCAUCAUUAACAACAUCUGCAGCAAGUACAACUGCACCAACAACAACAGCACCAGAGACAACUGUAUCAAUUUCAAGUGCAGCAGUGACAACAACUACCCCAAGCACAACUCCAUCACUAACAACAACUACAACAAGUACAAGUUCACCAACAACAGCACCAGAAACAACUGCUGCAAGUACAACCGCACCAACAACAGCACCAGAGACAACAACUGUGUCAAGUACAAGUGCACCACUGACAACAACUGCCUCAAGCACAACUCCAUCACUGACAACAACUGCAGCAAUUACAACUGCACUAACAACAACAGCACCAGAAACAACAACUGCUGCAAGUACAACUGCACCAACAACUACCCAAAGCACAACUCCAUCAUUAACAACAACUGCAGCAACUACAACUGUGCCAACAACAGCACCAGAGACAACAACUGUAUCAAGUACAAGUGCACCAGUGACAACAACUGCCCAAAGCACAACUCCAUCACUGACAACAACUGCAACAAGUACAACUGCACCAACAACAACACCACCAGAAACAACAACUGCUGCAAGUACAACUGCAUCAACAACAGCACCAGAGACAACAACUGUAUCAAGUACAAGUGCACCAGUGACAACAACUGCCCCAAGCACAACUCCAUCAUUGACAACAACUGCAGCAACUACAACUGCACCAACAACAACAUUACCAGAGACAACAACAGUAUCAAGUACAAGUGCUCCAGUGACAACAACUACCCCAAGCACAACUUCAUCAUUAACAACAUCUGCAGCAAGUACAACUGCACCAACAACAACAGCACCAGAGACAACAACUGUAUCAAGUACAAGCGCUCCAGUGACAACAACUACCCCAAGCACAACUCCAUCAUUGACAACAACUGCAACAACAACAACUGCAGCAACUAUAACUCCACCAACAACAACAUCACCACCACAGACAACAGCUGUAUCAAGUACAAGUGCACCAGUGACAACAACUACCCCAAACACAACUCCAUUACUGACAACAACUGCAGCAAGUACAACUGCACCAACAACAGCACCAGCAACAACAACUGCAGCAAGUACAACUGCGCCAACAACAGCACCAGAGACAACAACUGUAUCAAGUACAAGUGCACCAGUGACAACUACCCCAAGCACAACUUCUUCAUUGACAACAUCUGCAGCAAGUACAGCUGCACCAACAACAGCACAAGAGACAACAACUGUAUCAAGUACAAGUGCACUAGUGACAACUACCCCAAGCACAACUCCAUCAUUGACAACAACUGCAGCAACUACAACUGUACUAAAAACUACAUCACCAGAGACAACAACAGUAUCAAGUACAAGUGUACCAGUGACAACAACUACCCCAAGCACAACUUCAUCAUUGACAACAACUGCAGCAACUACAACUGCACCAACAACAUUACCAGAGACAACAACAGUAUCAAGUACAAGUGCUCCAGUGACAACAACUACCCCAAGCACAACUUCAUCAUUAACAACAUCUGCAGCAAGUACAACUGCACCAACAACAACAGCACCAGAGACAACAACUGUAUCAAGUACAAGUGUACCAGUGACAACUACCCCAAGCACAACUCCAUCAUUGACAACAACUGCAGCAACUACAACUGUUUCAAGUACGAGUGCACCAGUGACAACAACUACCCCAAGCACAACUUCUUCAUUGACAUCUGCAGCAAGUACAGCUGCACCAACAACAGCACAAGAGACAACAACUGUAUCAAGUACAAGUGCACUAGUGACAACAACUACCCCAAGCACAACUCCAUCAUUGACAACAACUGCAGCAACUACAACUGUACCAACAACAACAUCACCAGAGACAACAACUGUAUCAAGUACAAGUGCACCAGUGACAACAACUACCCCAAUCACAACUUCAUCAUUAACAACAACUAUAGCAACUACAGCUGCACCAACAACUACAUCACCAGAGACAACAACAGUUUCAAGUACAAGUGCACCAGUGACAACUACCCCAAGCACAACUUCAUCAUUAACAACAUCUGCAGCAAGUACAACUGCACCAACAACAACAGCACCAGAGAGAACAACUGUAUCAAUUACAAGUACACCAGUGACAACAACUACCCUAAUCACAACUUCAUCAUUAACAACAACUAUAGCAACUACAGUUGCACCAACAACAACAUCACCAGAGACAACAACAGUAUCAAGUACAAGUGUACCAAUGACAACAACUACCCCAAGCACAACUUCAUCAUUAACAACAUCUGCAGCAAGUACAACUGCAUCAACAACAACAGCACCAGAGACAACAACUGUAUCAAGUACAAGCGCUCCAGUGACAACAACUACCCCAAGCACAACUCCAUCAUUGACAACAACUGCAGCAACUACAACUGCACCAACAACAUCACCAAAGACAACAACAGUAUCAAGUACAAGUGUAUCAGUGACAACAACUACCCCAAGCACAACUUCAUCAUUAACAUCAUCUGCAGCAAGUACAACUGCAUCAAAAACAACAGCACCAGAGACAACAACUGCAUCAAGUACAAGUGCUCCAGUGACAACAACUACCCCAAGCACAACUCCAUCAUUGACAACAACUGCAGCAACUACAACUGCUCCAAAAACAACAUCACCAGAGACAACAACUACCCCAAUCACAACUUCAUCAUUAACAACAUCUGCAGUAGGUACAACUGCACCAACAACAACAACACCAGAGACAACAACUGUAUUAAGUACAAGUGCUCCAGUGACAACUACCCCAAGCACAACUCCAUCAUUGAAAACAACUGCAGCAACUACAACUCCACCAACAACAACAUCACCAGAGACAACAACUGUAUCAAGUACAAGUGCACCAGUGACAACAACUACCCCAAACACAACUCCAUCACUGACAACAACUGCAGCAAGUACAGCUGCACCAACAACAACACCACCAGAAACAACAACUGCUGCAAGUACAACUGCACCAACAACAGCACCAGAGACAACAACUGUAUCAAGUACGAGUGCACAAGUGACAACAACUACCCCAAGCACAACCUCUUCAUUGACAACAUCUGCAGCAAGUACAGCUGCACCAACAACAUCACCAGAGACAACAACUGUAUCAAGUACAAGUGCACCAGUGACAACAACUACCCCACUCACAACUUCAUCAUUAACAACAACUAUAGCAAAUACAGCUGCACCAACAACUACAUCACCAGAGACAACAACAGUAUCAAGUACAAGUGCACCAGUGACAACUACUCCAAGCACAACUUCAUCAUUAACAACAUUUGCAGCAAGUACAACUGCACAAACAACAUCACCAGAGACAACAACUGUAUCAAUUACAAGUGCACCAGUGACAACAACUACCCAAAUCACAACUUCAACAUUAACAACAACUAUAGCAACUACAGCUGCACCAACAACUACAUCAACAGAGACAACAACAGUAUCAAGUACAAGUGCACCAGUGACAACAACUACCCCAAGCACUACUUCAUCAUUAACAACAACUAUAGAGACUACAACUGCACCAAGAACUACAUCACUAGAUACAACAACUGUAUCAAGUACAAGUGCUCCAGCGACAACAACUACCCCAAGCACAACUCCAUUAUUGACAACAACUGCAGCAACUACAACUGCACCAACAACAUCACCAGAGACAACAACAGUAUCAAGUACAAGUGCACCAGUGACAACAACUACCCCAAGCACAACUUCAUUAUUAACAACAACUAUAGCAACUACAGCUGCACCAACAACAUCACCAGAGACAACAACAGCAGCAAGUACAACUGUGCUAACAACAGCACCAGAGACAACAACUGUAUUAAGUACAAGUCCAACAGUGACAACUACCCCAAGCACAACUUCUUCAUUGACGACAUCUGCAGCAAGUACAACUGCACCAACAACAGCACCAGAGACAACAACUGUAUCAAGUACAAGUGCACCAGUGACAACAACUACCCCAAGCACAACUCCAUCAUUAACAACAACUGCAGCAACUACAACUGCACCAACAGCAACAUCACCAGAGACAACAACAGUAUCAAGUACAAGUGCACCAGUGACAACAACUACACCAAGCACAAUUUCAUCAGUAACAAAAUCUGCAGCAAGUACAACUGCACCAACAACAACAACAGCACCAGAAACAACAACAGUAUCAAGUACAAGUGUACCAGUGACAACAAGUACCCCAAGCACAACUUCAUCAUUAACAACAUCUGCAGCGAGUACAACUGCACCAACAACAACAGCACCAGAGACAACAACUGUAUUAAGUACAAGUGCUCCAGUGACAACAACUACCCCAAGCACAACUCCAUCAUUGACAACAACUGCAGCAACUACAACUGCACCAACAACAGCAUCCCCAGAGACAACAACAGUAUCAAGUACAAGUGCACCAGUGACAACAACUACCCCAAACACAACCCCAUCACUGACAACAACUGCAGCAGGUACAACUGCACAAACAACAGCAUCAGAAACAACAACUGCAGCAAGUACAACUGCGCCAACAACAGCACCAUCAAGUACAAGUGCACCAGUGACAACAACUACCCCAAUCACAACUUCAUCAUUAAAAACAACAACUAUAACAAGUACAGCUGCACCAACAACUACAUUACUAGAUACAACAACUGUAUUAAGUACAAGUGCACCAGAUACAAAAACUGUAUCAAGUACAACAGCACCAGUGACAACAUCUACCCCAAUCACAACUCCAUCACUGACAACAACUGCAGCAACUACAACUGCACCAACAACAACAUCACCAGAGACAACAACAGUAUCAAAUACAACUGCACCAGUGACAACAACUACUCCACGCACAACUCCUUCAUUGACAGCAACUGCAGCAAGUACAACUGUACCAACAACCACAGCACCAGCGACAACAACAUCACCAGAAACAACAACUGUAUCAAGUACAAGUGCGCCAGUGACAACAACUACCCCAAGCAGAACUUCAUCAUUAACAACAUUUGCCGGAAGUACAACUGCACCAACAACCACAGCACCAGACACGACAACAUCAACAGAAACAACAACUUUAUCAAGUACAAGUGUGCCAGUGACAUCUACUACCCCAAGCACCACUUCAUCAUUGACAACAUUUGCAGCAAGUACAACUGCACCAACAACAACACCAGAGACAACAACUGUAUCAAGUACAAGUGCAUCAGUGACAACAACUAACCCAAGCACAACUUCUUCAUUGACAACAACUGCAGCAAGUACAACUGUACCAACAACCACAGCACCAGAGACAACAACAUCACCAGAGACAACAACAGAAUCAAGUACAAGUGCACCAGUGACAACAACUACCCUGAGUACAACUUCAUCAUUUACAACAACUGCAGCAAGUACAACUGCACCGACAACAACAGCACUAGAAACAACUGUAUCAAGUACAAGUGCACCAGUGACAACAACUACCCAAAGCACAACUCCAUCAUUGACUACAUCUUCAGGAAGUACAACUGCACCAACAACCACAGUACCAGACACGACAACAUCAACAGAAACAACAACUGUAUCAAGUACUAGUGUGCCAGUGACAACAAAUACACCAAGCACAACUUCAUCAUUAGGAACAAAUGUAGCAAGUACAACUGCACUAACAACAACAUCACCAGAGACAACAACUGUAUCAAGUACAAGUGCACAAGAGACAACAAAUACCCUGAGCACAACUUCGUUAUUAGCAACGUCUGCAGCAAGUACAACUGCACCACCAACAACAGCACUAGUAACAACAACUAUAUCAAGUACAACUACACCAACUACAUUAUCAUCAGAGACAACAACUGUAUCAAGUACAAGUGCACCAGUGACAACAAGUACCCAGAGCACAACUUCAUCAUUAUCAACUUCUGUAUCAAGUACAACUUCACCAGAAACAACAUUAUCAGACACAUCAACUUUAUCAAGUACAAGUGAACCAGUAACAACAUCUACCCCAAGCACAACUUCCUUAUUAACAACAUCUGCAGCAAGUACAACUGCACCAUCAACAUCACCAGAAACAACAACUACCCCAAUUGCAUCUUCACCUUUAGCAACAACUGUAGUGAGUACAACUGCACCAACAGCAACAUCACCAGAGACAACAACUUUAUCAAGUACAAGUGCUCCAGUGACAACAAGUGCUACAGUGACAACUUCAAGUGUCACAGAAGAAAUUAUUAAUCCAGUGACUGCUAAUCCAAUAAACCAGACCCCAGCAAAAACAACUUCGAAGACCACUCAGAGCUCCACAGCUGUUACAGAAGAAGUUAUCCAGCCAGUUACCAACAAUCCUGUAAACCAGACUCCAGCUAAGACGACAACAACAAUGCAGACUACACAGGGUUCCACAGCUGUUACAGAAGAAGUUAUCCAGCCAGUAACCAACAAUCCUAUAAACCAGACUCCAGCUAAGACGACAACAACAAUGCAGACUACACAGGGUUCCACAGGUGUUACAGAAGAAGUUAUCCAGCCAGUUACUAACAAUCCUGUAAACCAGACUCCAGCUAAGACGACAACAACAAUGCAGACUACACAGGGUUCCACAGCAUCAUCAUCUCAAGCUGUAUCAAAUACAACUUCAUCAACAACCUUACCUACAUCAUCCACCGGAGCUGUGCUAACUACAACUACACCAACAACAACAAUUUUAUCAACAUCUGGAACCGGAACAAUGGUGGCAACAGCUGCAUCCACUUCUACUCAGGCAUUAAGUACAACUGCUACUCUCACAACAGCCCUCGUAGAUUUUACUUUUAACAUUACCUUCCUCAAUGUGACCUACAACCCCCAGCUAGAAGACAAGUUCUCUGAUGCCUACCGUGUCAUGUCAGCCAUUCUGCUUUCCCUGAUUGAUGAAGUUUUCCGAAACACCAGCAUUGGAUCUUCUUAUACCAGUUGCAGAGAUCUCACAUUCAGGAUGGGCAAUGUCCCCAACUCCUUCAGCAUUGACUCCAUUUGCUCGUAUAGGAACGACUUGUUGGGGCAGAGUUUUGAUAGGAAAAUUGUGUACAAAGAUUUCAGUGCAAAUACAGGUGGCAUCAAAUACCUGGGGAAAUAUGAUCUGGACAGCUCUAGUCUUUAUAUUGAUGGAUACAAUGAGAAAACAACAAUUAGUUCAACUACAACAUCCUCAUCUCAAGCUUCACCAACAACCUUACCUGCAUCAUCCUCCGAAGCUGUGCUAACUACAACUACACCAACAACCUUACCUGCAUCAUCCUCCGGAGCUGUGCUAACUACAACUACACCAACAACCUUACCUGUAUCAUCCUCCGGAGCUGUGCUAACUACAACUACACCAACAACCUUACCUGUAUCAUCCUCCGGAGCUGUGCUAACUACAACUACACCAACAACAACAAUUAAAUCAACAUCUGGCACAGGAACAACGGUGGCAACAGCUGCAUCCACUUCUACUCCUUUAUCAAAUAUAACUGAAGAAAUCAUUGUUCCAGUUACAAAGCUACCAGUGGAGCAGCCUAAUGACAGAAAUACAACAACACCACAAAUGACAACUCAAACAUCUCCCUCAACUUCCACUGCUACUCUCACAACAGCCCUCAUAGAUUUUACUUUUAACAUUACCUUCCUCAAUGUGACCUACAACCCCCAGCUAGAAGACAAGUCCUCUGAUGCCUACCGUGUCAUGUCAGCCAUUCUGCUUUCCCUGAUUGAUGAAGUUUUCCGAAACACCAGCAUUGGAUCUUCUUAUACCAGUUGCAGAGAUCUCACAUUCAGGAUGGGCAAUGUCCCUAACUCCAUCAGCAUUGAUUCCAUUUGCUCGUAUAGGAACGACUUGGUGGGGCAGAGUUUUGAUAGUAAAAUUGUGUACAAAGAUUUCAGUGCAAAUACAGGUGGCAUCAAAUACCUGGGGAAAUAUGAUCUGGACAGCUCUAGUCUUUAUAUUGAUGGAUACAAUGAGAAAACAACAAUUAGUUCAACUACAACAUCCUCAUCUCAAGCUUCACCAACAACCUUACCUGCAUCAUCCUCCGGAGCUGUGCUAACUACAACUACACCAACAACAACAAUUUUAUCAACAUCUGGCACCGGAACAACGGUGGCAACAGCUGCAUCCACUUCUACUCCUUUAUCAAAUAUAACUGAAGAAAUCAUUGUUCCAGUUACAAAGCUACCAGUGGAGCAGCCUAAUGACAGAAAUACAACAACACCACAAAUGACAACUCAAACAUCUCCCUCAACUUCCACUGCUACUCUCACAACAGCCCUCAUAGAUUUUACUUUUAACAUUACCUUCCUCAAUGUGACCUACAACCCCCAGCUAGAAGACAAGUCCUCUGAUGCCUACCGUGUCAUGUCAGCCAUUCUGCUUUCCCUGAUUGAUGACGUUUUCCGAAACACCAGCAUUGGAUCUUCUUAUACCAGUUGCAGAGAUCUCACAUUCAGGAUGGGCAAUGUCCCAAUGUCCGUCAGCAUUGAUUCCAUUUGCUCGUAUAGGAACGACUUGGUGGGGCAGAGUUUUGAUAGGAAAAUUGUGUACAAAGAUUUCAGUGCAAAUACAGGUGGCAUCAAAUACCUGGGGAAAUAUGAUCUGGACAGCUCUAGUCUUUAUAUUGAUGGAUACAAUGAGAAAACAACAAUUAGUUCAACUACAACAGCAUCAUCAUCUCAAGCUGUGUCAAACACUAAUUCACGAACAACCUUACCUGCAUCAUCCUCUGGAGCUGUGCUAACUACAACUAAACCAACAACUACAAUUGUAUCAACAUCUGGAACCAGAACAACGGUGGCAACAGCUGCAUCCACUUUUACUCCUGUAUUAAAUACAACAUCAUCAUCUCAAGCUGUAUCAAAUACAACUUCACCAACAACCUUACCUGCAUCAUCCUCUGGAGCCGUGCUAAAUACAACUACACCAAUAACUACAAUUGGAAAUAGAACAGCGGUAACAGCUGCAUCUACUUCAACACCGUCAUUAAAUACAACCACUACAACUGCUACCAGAUCUACACAAAUAGAAUCCAUUGGGCCGAAGAAAUUCUUUCUUAACUUCACAAUCACCAACCUCAACUUUGAUUCUGACUUCCAGAACAAGAGUUCCAACAAGUACAAAAACAACAAAAAUCUUCUAGACCAGUUGCUGAACAAGCUUUUUGGCAACAGCGAGAUAAAGAAAAACUUUAUAAGCUGUGACAUUACUGGAUUCAGGCCAACUCCUUCAUCAGUUGACACCACUGCAGAAUCAGUCUGUAUCUUCAACGUAGAUCUAUUGGCCAAGGUUUUCAAUGAGGACGAUAUAUACAAAGCAUUUAUUAAUAUGACAGAAACUGGAACCGCACUGGGCAACUACACCCUGGAUAGGAACAGCAUCAAAGUUCAAAAUUAUAUACAGGAGGAAAUAACUACUACAACAACUACAACUACCACCACUUCCACCACUACAACUACCACCACUCCAGCCAUCUUAACCACAGACAGGAAUUUUGGUGUCGGAUACACAAUUUACAAUAACUUUGUGCCCAGCGACAAAGAGGGACAGGAAAAGCUGAAGAAGCGGAUAGAAGAUGAGAUGAAUAAAUUAUAUAGGAACAGUCCCCUUGCAAAGAAGUUCAAAUACUGCACUUUGUCAUCGAUGAGGAAUGGAUCAAUUUUAGCUUCUUGCAACUGUUACUUUGAAGAUGAUCCCAUUAUAAGUAAAGCAAGUGUGGAGUCAGCAUUUAUCAAUGGAACCACCACAGGAAAAUUACUAGGUGCCGACUUUCAGCUGAAGGACAUUGUUGUCACAGAAGUAACAACGAAUAGGGAGCUACCAUUCUGGGCCAUAAUUAUAAUUUGCCUGGCAGUUCUGCUGACAUUUGCACUGCUCUUCGUCCUUUGCUUUUUGUUUGCCUUUUGCUUACGAAGAAGGAAGGGUUCUUAUGAAAUCCAGCAAAGCAUUUACGGCACCUACUUCCCCCAUACGGACUUGAGAAAGUUAUACUGAAGAGUGUCUUCAUUACAAUGAAAUGUUUAUGCCAAAGAAACCUCAACAAGAUCUAAAAUGAACAAGCCUGACACCUACAGGGUUUAAAAUCAUGUUAUUCUUAAUAUUUCUAUUUCUUUAAAAUGAAACCUCUAAUUAACACAUAUGAAGGGCUCAUAUCAUUUUUUUACUCCUGUACAAUAUUUCUUAUACAAACAAAUACAUCAUACCAAGCACAAACAAGAUCUUUAUGGACUGUCUCAGGGAGUAGGUUGUCAGAUUGAAAUGAAGAGGGGUGUGCACUGCAGUUUUAUAAGGAACUCAUAUAACCUCCUUGCAAAUGCAUUGCUGCUUUAGAAACAUCUAACUGGUUCGCUGGCGGGCCUGGCUUAGAUGAAUGAUCAACUCCUUCUUUUAGGAAUUAUUGCACUAUGUUUAGAAUAGCUCUUUUAAAGUCCUUAAAAAUAUUAUUUAUUGAAAUAAGGAUAUUUUUAUAUUCUAGAAUAUAUAUUUAUUCUAAUCUAAUUAGUCAAUGCAGUUUGUUCAGGAUUAUGUAAGAUUCAUACCUCAUAUUCUUUCAGAAGUUGUUUGAUAACCAUAAGGUCAAAAUUACUUUUAUAGAAUCACCACUCUGGUAUAAAUCAGAAAGCCUUUAUAUGUUAAAUAGACUGCCCAACAAAACAUAGUGUUAAGCUGUAGAACAAGUAUUUUAUAUAUAUAUAUAUAUAUAUAUAUAUAUAUAUAUAUAUAUAUAUAUAUAUAUAUAUAUAUAUGUACACAUUUUAAAUGGGUUUUGCUAUUUCCAGAGGACUGAAAGACAGGUAUUCAUUUGGAAAAUCCCAUAAUCCUUUUCUCAACUGCUUGGCUAUAUCUAAGCUCUGAUUAUAUUUAUUAUACAUAUGAUAUAUAGAUUGUUAUUACAUUUCAGUGUUAGUGAUAUAGAAUGUGCCAUUAUGUUUAAGAGGUCAGACAGACACUGAAAUACAUAAUUUUCAAGUUUAACAUUUUGUAUUUAUAUUUAUGAAAUAAAUUCAUGGGAAAUGUACAAAUUUAUAUAUGUGUUUAAAAAAUAUGUUUACAUGUAGAAAAAUGUAUUAUAUAUCUAUAUUUGGAGAAAAAAUAUUCAACCCCUUUAGUUAUGAAAAUGUGUCAAAAUAAAUAUAUGCUUCAAAAGGUAUUUAAGUUGA